UAGUUUUUAGGAGCACAGUUCUAUUUCCGGUCAAUUUUAACACAAUUGUAGACUAGUAAGACUAGAGUUAUAUUAUAAUUUAUUAAUUUUACUUGAAACAUAAUGAUAAUAGAACAAGUAGAGGCGUUAAAAACUUGGCUGACAAACAAAUUAUCACCCAUCUGUGAUGCUGAGCCUAGUGCUUUAGCCAAGUACGUGUGUGCUCUGGUCAAGAAAGAUAAAUCAGAGCAAGAAUUACGUGAUAUUUGCGUUGACCAGCUGGAUGUUUUUCUGCAGCAAAACACCAAACCAUUUGUUGAUGAGUUAUUUGAAGUGCUCAAGUCUAAAGUCUACAUUCCUCCUGCGUCAGAAUUAAAGCCUGCAGUUAUUGCUUCCAGCACUAGCAAACCUGAGAUUAAGGCUUCUGUUGUACAGCCAGUGAAGGAAAGGGAUGAAACGACAAAGAGGAAAUUCUCAGAAAUUUCAUCCACAACUGAUGACAAAGAGAAUAAGGAAAGUUUGUCAAGUGCUAGUGCUGUAACGAAUCCUUCUCUGUCAACUAAGGAAACAGGAUCAGGGGAUGCCAAGGACAUCCGAGAUACCAGAGAACCUAGAGCCUUGUCCCGGGAUGCUAGAGACAAAGAGAAGGACAGGGAUAGCUCGAGAGAUCGGCGUGACUCGUGGAGGGAUGAGAAGAACAGAGAUGGGAUCCGAGAUGCAAGGGACAUCAUAAGAGAACGUGUGGACAGGGUGGACAGUAAAUACCCCGACUCCAGAGGGGACACAAGAGAGGUCAGGGAACCCAGAGAUUUGAGGGAUAGAGAUCAUAGAGAAAGGGACAGAGAUUUCCGCGUUAGGAGGAGGUCACGCAGUCGCAGCAUCAGUCCUCGUCGUAGAGAAUUUGAUGAACGCCGAAGACGAUAUGAUGAGAGACCAAGAUACUCACCAGAACGGCGCUGGGCACGGCGAAGAACCUGGUCCCGCAGCCCUCGGCGGUUAAGGUCACCAUUAGAUAGAGGUUUGCGUGCUAGAUCAAGAAGUCCAAGACCUCGUUCACGUAGCCCUAGAGACAGGUACACUAGGUCUUUUAGAACAAGAUCUAGAUCAAGAUCACUGCGGCACAGAUCAUGGAGUAGAUCAGGAAGUCCAAAUCGUCUAAGAACAAGAUCACCAUCUAACACUCGUCAGCCAGACAGUCGUGGUUCCACACCUCUCCAGGACAAUGACUUUAUAUCCUCAUCUACCAAUGACCAUGCUCCUGCUGUCACGAGCACUGUUGGCUUCCGCGCCUCCGAUGACAGAGCAGACAACAGGCUAGCAUCCAGUGUGGAUGUUGGACCACCUGUGUUUGUACAAAAUGUCCAGAACAUCAGAAGAAGGUGUCAGAAUUUUGAAGAGAAAGGCUACUGUGUGUUGGGAGAUAUUUGUCCUUACGAUCAUGGUUCUGAUCCUGUUGUGGUGGAGGAUGUCUCAAUUCCCAGUGUAUUGCCAGGAUCCAAUGCAUCUGGUGUAUCAAAUAUCCCCUCUGGAUUUAUUCCCCCUGAUGUCCGUGUGCCCCCACCAGGUCACCUGCCACUUCGGAUCAACUUACAGCGGCCACCCCCUCCUACUCAUGUUGAACCAUACUUGCCUGAAGCUCCACGCCUUCAAGGUCCAAUCAGACCGCCAUUUCUAAGAGGUCCACCAGACCUGCAUCAGCCACCCCCAGGGAUGAUCCUGAACAGACCACCUCCACCUGAUCAGUUUUAUAGGAGAGAAGUUCUACUCAACCGGCCACCACCAGAAGUGGGUGAAAUACAGAAUCUAGAGAAGGAACCUUCUAGAAUAGUUAUCCCAGCCAAAAGACCUUAUAGUUCAUUAGGCGAUAGUGACACAGCUGGGCAGCCUCCUGUUCGAAUGGCCUUCGUUAAUCAGCAACAUGUCAUGUUUUCUGGGCCACCUCAGCAGCCGCCUGCUCCACCACAGAAUCAGCCUCCCCAGAGGAGAGGGUUUGAUUACAGCCGGUUGGGUACUACAGACAGGAGGGAAACCUUUGGCAGGGGAGGAAUAAGAAUACCAGGACCUAGGGCUUCAUUUAAGUUUGGAAAUCUCACACUGGAGGUGCGCAAGAUUCCACCUGAACUGAAUAACAUUGCUAAACUGAAUGAGCAUUUUGGUAAAUUUGGAAGCCUGACAAACAUCCAGGUGAAAUACCAGAAUGACCCUGGUGCAGCGCUGAUCUCCUUUUCCAAUAAUGCAGAGGCCACCGCAGCCUAUCGCAGCCCUGAGCCUGUGUUUAACAACAGGUUUAUCAAAUUGUUUUGGCACAAUCCUGAGAAACAGGUGGAUCUCGAUGGAGAUGCAGAAGGGCCAGUCAUUACAGUCAAAGAUGAUGGUAGGGAGGUUCAGUUGCAGCCCACCACUGGUGGCAGGGUGGGGGAUGGUAUUGACCAUCCAUCUUUGAUGUUGCCUGUCCGAAGCAGCAUUCCUCCUGCCCAUAAGCUUCAGCUGGACAACACGAAGUCCAAGACAGGAUCUACUGGUGACGUAGUUGAGUCGCCCUCUCAAAAUGAAUCAGCAGAAAAAUCCAUUGUUUACACAUCCUCUGUCGGCAAUCUCAAGAAAACUGUGUUCAACUCGGCUGCAACACCACCGACACCACCAAAAGCAAAACCUUCAUUUGUGAGUCCUACAGCAGUCAAGACAGCUGACUAUGUCUCCAGAAUGGAAGCAAUCAAGAGGAUUGAGGAAGAUAAGAAACAGGCAACAGUGAAACAGGCAGAGCUGGAACUCAAGAAACAGGAACUCCUGGCCAAACAAAUAGAACAGCAAAAAAUUCUGGUGGAAACUUUAGAGAAAAAGAAAGUGACUCUAUCAGAAGAAGAAAAGAAAAGUUUGCUGAAAACUCUGAAAACCAUCUCUGAUGCCAUCGACAAAGUGAAGUACGGCAUUGGCUCCAAGAAGACGAAUGCCCCUGUAUUCCAGGCACCCAACCACACCCACUUUAAAUAUGUUAGUAAUCAAGAACAGGUGUUUCAGCAAGCCGCAGUCAAUCCUGCUCCUGUUGCAUUUGGGAGAGGUCGUGGUUGGUCGACUGGCAGAGGUGGUAGCAUGAUGCACCGUGGACGAGGUCGUGGACACACUUAUCUGGACAACAGACCAAAGACGGUUGAGGUCAAGGGAUUUGACCUGUCUGAAUUGGAUGAAAUUAAAUCUUAUUUUUUGAAAUUCGGUGCGAUUGAUAAAGAAGAAUUGGUUGAGGAGGUCCCUAGUGUCUUUUAUACCUUUGCUCAACGUAUUUCUGCUGAGCUGGCUGUUGCACAAGGUGGAAAGUUUAGAAAGAAGCCACUCAUUGUUCGCUGGAAUCAAAUAACUCCAAAGAUCAGCAGAACAGAGUCCACGCAGAGUUCUGAAGUGGAUGACGAUUUGUCAGUAACAUUAGGAUCCCUGGAUGAAGAUGUCUUGAUAGAUGUAAACAGCGCUACCAAAACUGCAGCAAACCUGAAGGAUAAUGUUACACAGCGCCCUCAAGAAGAGGGAGAAGACUCUCGCAUGUUUGUCGAGAGCAAUAAAGAUGAGUUAAAACCCUCAGACAGCAAGCCAGCUCUGAUUGAGCGCAGCCUGAGUGAAGACUUGCUGGCAGCAGAUGAGGAACACUUUAAAGCCAGCUACUCGGACGAUGAUGACGAUGAAGACCACAUAACCGUCACUUUGUCCAGCACAGCAACUACAGCACCCACCAUUUACACAAGUGGAGGCAGCUACAACAACGACGGCGCAAUGGAACCGGAUGAGUUGCAUGAACUGGAGGAGGAACUAGAUGACGCAAAUACAAACAUUGACUUUUUAGAAGAUGGCUCGUGGAACUGAUGAAAAAUGAUACCCUAGUGUUUGUUUUAACAAAUUCUGUUAUGAAAUUGACUGGAAUUGUUUUUGUUUUGUUUUUAAUUAUGAGUCCUCUACAUUCUACACUUUUUUUUUCUCUGCUGUGAUGUUAACUAUUUUUUCAUGUUAGUAUUCAUCAUUAAGACUGUAGCAAUCUAAAUAAAUGACAAAGAUUGUAGUUCUUGCAAACAAUGCUGUCCUGUUAUGUGUCUGACUGUUAUAUGCAAUCAGCUGCCAACUCUCAAUAGAAAAGGUUGUCUUUAAAUUUCACUUUGUUCAACGUUGUUUCACUGAGAGCACAAUCAUUUUUUGUUUCCAGAAUAAAUGUUUGACUGUAUGGGUGCAACCAAUGUUAGAAAUAACGGAAGCCAAACUUAUUUUAAUAGUAAUAGUGUAUACCAGGUAUUUGUUGAAAUUUUCAUUAAAAAAAAAAAAAGAGAUGACUGUCUUGUGUGGUAUGUGCCCUGGACUGUCAUUUUGAUGGUCCCAGCUUUGAACCCUAUUCACUGCCAUCCCCCACCCCCCGUCCUAAGUGAGGUUCGGGCUAGGAUGUAAUAAUUGUCAAAUCUGAUGGAACAUUUGAAACAUGUAAAACAAUGUUAGUUCCUUGUUUGUUUUCAAUUCUAAAGUGCAGAAGACAAGGGAAUGUAACAAAAGUUAAUCUGAGUUCACUUCCUAGUAUGAAACUUGUAUUAAUUUUGUCUCAUGAACUACCGGUACUUUAUCACUACAAAGAAUGAAAAACAAAUGUAAUCACUAUUGUGAACAUGUUGAACUUUCUAGUUGAAAACAUUCUUAAUAACAUGCAUUUUUGUCUCCCUUCUCAUAAAUGUGUUAUGUCAUGUUUGCAUUCUAAUGUCGUAAACCUUGAGAAUGUAUAAAACUGUAUUUCUCAUCAGGCCAAUGGUGCAGUCUAUAAAGAAUAUCAAUGGCUUGGAUGGUAGAUGGCAUUUGUUAGUGUUCACACAUUGCUUUCAGUCUAGAAAUAAAUUUGACAAGAUUU